AUGCAAGGUGAAUUACCUGAUGGGAUUGGUAAUCUUAAUCUGGAGCGUUUUGUCAUCCGUGAGAACAGCUUCACUGGCCUUAUUCCAACCAAAAUAUUCAAUAGUUCAACUCUUAAAUCGUUGGUGCUGAGUAACAAUGACUUCUUUGGUUAUCUUCCAUUAACCAUGGGGCUUUGGCUUCCAAAUCUCAAAAGUCUUGUGCUCGAUAACAACAAGCUGAAGGGAAUAAUCCCAAGCUCCAUCUCCAUUGCUUCUAAGCUUACCAUCCUAAGUAUGAAUAGCGACUCACUCACAGGAGUUAUUCCUGAUCUUGCAUUUGGAUGUAAAGUUAAAGGGGAUAUUCCGAGUGGAAUUGGAAACUUGAGUAGCUUGGAGAGAUUAAGCUUAGAUAGCAAUUAG